CCUGGGGUCUGGGAGCCCACGUGGGCUGGGCUUCGGGGCUGUUUCUGACCCCCAGAACCCCGGCAGUACUGGGCGCUAUGGGGAAGCUGCGCCGGCGCUACAACGUCAAGGGGCGCCUGCAGGCGACCCCCGGCCCCUCGAAGGGCCCCCCGGAGCCGCCCCCCGUGCGGCUGGAACUAGAGGAUAAAGACACAUUAAAAGGAGUCGAUGCAAGCAACGCACUUGUUUUGCCGGGAAAGAAGAAAAAGAAGCCCAAAGCCCCUCCACUGUCAAAGAAGGAGAAGAAGCCUCUGACCAAGAAAGAGCGAAAAAUGCUGCAGAAAAUCUUAGAACAGAAGGAGAAAAAGAGCCAGCGAGUGGAGAUGCUGCAGAAAUUGAGCCAAGUCCAGGUUUCGGAAGCCGAGCUGCGACUGUUCUACACCACAUCCAAGCUGGGUACGGGGGACCGCAUGUACCACAGCAGAGAGAAGUCUGACGAGAUGGAAGCCCAGGGGCAGGAGAAAAUCAGCAGCCUCAGCGGGGCUAACCGGAAGCGCUAUCACCAAGAGUCGGAGGAGGAGGAGGAAUAUGAGUCCUCAGCAGAAUCUGAACCAGAGGAGGCCCCUGUCGCUGAGCCGGUGAAGGUUGGAGCCGGGGCACUGCCAGCUGCACCAGGGAUUGGCACUGGAAGCCCAGGGCCCAAUAGCCAAGCCUGUCUGGCCGGAACUACGUCGGCACCUCCAGCAGCAGCCUCCACCCUGGCCAGGCCCCCGGCGAAGCCCGCCGUCUUCAUCCCUGUGAACCGCACCCCCGAAAUGCAGGAAGAGCGGCUGAAGCUCCCCAUUCUCGCCGAAGAACAAGCGAUCAUGGAGGCCGUUGCUGAGCACCCCAUCGUCAUCGUGUGCGGGGAGACUGGCAGUGGGAAGACCACGCAGGUGCCGCAGUUUCUCUACGAAGCAGGCUACAGCAGUGACGACAGCAUCAUCGGCAUCACGGAGCCCCGCCGAGUGGCUGCCGUGGCCAUGUCCCAGAGAGUGGCCAAGGAGAUGAAUCUGUCACAGAGAGUCGUCUCCUACCAGAUCCGAUACGAAGGGAAUGUCACCGAGGAGACCAGAAUCAAGUUCAUGACGGAUGGCGUGUUGCUCAAGGAAAUCCAGAAGGACUUCCUGCUGCCGAGAUACAAGGUGGUGCUCAUCGAUGAGGCCCACGAGAGGAGCGUGUACACGGACAUCCUCAUCGGCCUCCUGUCCCGCAUCAUGGCUCUCCGGGCCAAGAGGCACAUGCCGCUGAAGCUACUCAUCAUGUCGGCCACACUGCGGGUGGAGGACUUCACGCAGAACCAGCGGCUCUUCCCCCAGCCGCCGCCUAUCAUCAAGGUGGAGUCCCGGCAGUUCCCAGUGACCGUGCACUUCAACAAGCGGACCCCGCUAGAAGAUUACAGUGGCGAGUGCUUCCGGAAGGUCUGCAAGAUCCACCGCAUGCUGCCGCCAGGCGGCAUCCUGGUGUUCCUAACGGGGCAGGCGGAGGUACAUGCGCUGUGCCGCAGGCUGAGGAGAGCUUUCCCACACACCCGACGCAGGCCCCCAGAGAAAGAAGAUCGAGAAGAUUCAGUGGAGGAGAUGCGGAAGUUUAAGAAGUCAAGGACAAGGGCAAAGAGGGCCCUGGCGGCGGCAUUGCCCCAGAUCAGUUUGGACAGCUACUCAGUGUUGCCAGCAGGCGAGGGUGACGAGGACAGGGAGGCGGAGAUGGACGAGGAGGAGGAGGAGGCCCUGGGCUCUGACCUUGACCUGGACUUGGGGGACGACAGAGAAGAUGGAGGUGAGCAGCCGGACGCCUCGCUCCCCCUCCACGUGCUCCCGCUCUACUCUUUGCUGGCCCCCGAGAAGCAAGCGCAGGUCUUCCAGCCUCCCCCAGAGGGGACACGGCUGUGUGUUGUGGCCACCAACGUGGCCGAGACGUCCCUCACCAUCCCGGGCAUCAAGUAUGUGGUGGACUGUGGGAAGGUCAAGAAGCGGCACUACGACCGUGUCACUGGCGUGUCCUCCUUCCGAGUCACCUGGGUGUCCCAGGCCUCAGCCGAUCAGCGGGCGGGCCGAGCGGGCCGGACGGAGCCGGGCCACUGCUACAGGCUCUAUUCGUCUGCAGUUUUUGGUGACUUUGAGCAGUUUCCUCUUCCUGAAAUCAGCCGGAGGCCCGUUGAAGACUUGAUCCUUCAGAUGAAAGCACUCAACAUUGAAAAGGUCAUCAACUUCCCCUUUCCAACGCCUCCCUCUGUGGAGGCCCUCGUGGCCGCCGAGGAGCUGUUGAUCGCACUCGGUGCCCUGCAGGCGCCCCAGAAAACAGAGAGCAUGAAGCAGCUGCAGAGGUCCCGGCUGAGCUGCCCCAUCACUGCGCUGGGCAGGACCAUGGCCACGUUCCCCGUGGCGCCCCGCUACGCCAAGAUGCUGGCACUGAGCAGGCAACACGGCUGUCUGCCCUACGCCAUCACCAUUGUGGCCGCCAUGACUGUCCGUGAGCUGUUCGAGGAGCUGGACAGACCUGCAGCCAGCGACGAGGAGCUCUCCGGGCUGAAGGCCAAGCGGGCCCGGGUGGCCCAGAUGAAGAGGAUCUGGGCGGGGCAGGGCGCCUCUCUCAAGCUUGGAGACAUCAUGGUGCUGCUCGGUGCUGUGGGAGCCUGUGAGUACUCCGGCUGCUCCCCUCAGUUCUGUGAGGCCAACGGGCUUCGUUACAAGGCCAUGGUGGAGAUCCGGCGCCUGCGGGGACAGCUGACCACUGCAGUCAAUACCGUGUGCCCUGAGGCCGGGCUCUUCGUGGACCCCAAGAUGCAGCCUCCGUCUGAGAGCCAGGUGACCUACCUGCGGCAGAUCGUGGCGGCCGGCCUGGGUGACCACCUGGCCCGCAGGGUGCAGAGCGAGGACCUGCUGGACGACACGUGGAAGAACGCCUACAAGACGCCUCUCCUCGAUGACCCCGUCUUCAUCCACCCCAGCUCCGUCCUUUUCCGAGAGCUGCCCGAGUUCGUGGUCUACCAGGAAAUCGUGGAGACCACCAAGAUGUACAUGAAAGGUGUUUCUGCUGUUGAGGUCCAGUGGAUCCCAGUCCUGCUGCCUUCCUACUGCCAGUUCGACAAGCCCCUGGAGGAGCCGCCCCCGACCUACUGCCCGGAAAAGGGGCGGGUACUGUGUCACCGGGCCAGCAUGUUCUAUCGUGUCGGGUGGCCGCUCCCUGCGGUGCAGGUGGAUUUCCCAGAGGGCAUUGACUGUUACAAGCACUUCGCCCGCGUUCUGCUGGAAGGGCAGGUCUUCCCCACGCUGGCUUCCUACCGGGGCUGCUUGUUGUCCAGCCCCAGCACGAUGCUGAAGACAUGGGCCAGGCUGCAGCCCAGGACGGAGAGUCUGCUGAGAGCCCUUGUUGCCGAGCAGGCCAGCUGCCGGGAGACCUUGCUGGCUGCUUGGAGGAAAAGCCCCAAAUACCUGCUGGCCGAGUACUGUCAGUGGCUCCCACAGGCCAUGCACGCCGACGUUGAGAAAGCCUGGCCCCCCACCUCUGACCCCUGACCCGAGGCCUGGCUGUAAGACCGGGGACUGGUCUGGGGAACCCAGAGAGCUGGCUGUGGCUGGUUUCCAGCCUGGUCACCCUGGCCGGUGGACUGCUCCCAGGAGGCAGGCCAGGCCCCUGGAAACUCUCGCUCAUCUGGGAUACAAGACGUCUGGACACAGCUUGCUGCUGCCCUGGGCAGUCGGACCCCAGGGGUCCUUUUUAAAACUAUUUAUUAUGUGGCGGAGAAUGUUUUUACUUCCUGUGCCACUCUGGGGACUACAUUAGUCCCUUGCGGAGUGGCAGGGCCCGAGGGGGAAGCGGCAGCAGGCAGGAGGGUGCCCUCAGGCCCUUCCUCUGCAUCCCCUCCCCAGCGUGGGUGGUGCUCCCUUGCCGUGCAUCACUUUUAAUAAAAAUGUCAGCCGUCAGAA